CUACUCCAGUAAAUGUCUCCAGUGGAUACAGGAUUGGUGUAUAUCAACCUCCUGAUGACAGAAGUGUUGUUAGAUUCCAUUAUAUGAACCUUCCUGGUGGUAUUGAUGGAAUAGGGAAAGUAAAAUCAGAUAGAAUUAAUGAUACUAACAUUAGAAUAUCAGGAAUGGGCAGAGAUGUUGACUAUCAAUCAUGGAAAAUACUAAUACACCCAACAGUACAGAAUACAAGUUGCUACACUCAACUUUUGCUGCCAGAGAGCAUGAUAUUAUCCCAUUCCAUUACUAAUUCAAUAUUUAUUUCUGAUACUAGAAUAUUUCCUGAUAUAAGGUUCACAUGUCAUGGUAUUAUCACUAACUGGAUAUUAAGUUCUUUUAUUAUACAUUAUAUACCAGUAAUUAAAAUAAGACGAUCAAAUAAUCUCACUACUACAGCACUACCAGUGAACAUCAGUAAUGCUGUUAGCAUAUCUCAGAAUUUAUAUAAUUUUACUAUGAGCAAUGAGAUAACAGUACAACCUGGUGAUAUACUGAUGAUUGAGAGUAAUGCUACAAAUGUAAUGUUCUAUCAACAAUUCAAUGGACCACACAAUUACAGACUGGGGGACAACAAUGAGUUAAUUGCAUUAGAUACCAACGACUAUCCACUCAUCUCAGUUGCAGUAGGUAAGAAUAACUUUUAUUUGGCAUAA